AAGACCUGAAGUACCUAAUCUCAUUGACCCCGGGCAAUGCUGGGCAAGUGGGCUUCUUGGAAUUUGAAGAGGUCCUCAGAAUUGGGGACGGCCCUUCAAGAUCUUAUAGCAGAGGCGAGGAAGACCCCUACUCAACGGUUACCAUGCUGCAAUCAUCGGGUUCUACGGGACCUCCGAAGCUGAUACCGCUGAGUCACUUCAACGUCCUCAACGCCAUUCAGAUGCUGAAAGCAAUGUCAGGAUUCUCAUCUGAGAGGACGCUGAUGUGUGCAGUGAUGCCGCUGUUCCACACCUUCGGCCACAUCGACCUCUCCACCUUCGGCGUUGUGGCGGGCGUGCCGACCGUGUACCUACCGCAGGGCGCCCCUCACGCUCAGACGCUGGAGGCCAUACAGAGAUACAGGUGUACAGCCAUACAAGGAACGCCUACAACAUAUUACGACCUGAUACAAUGCCGGGAAUUCGACAAGUACGACAUAUCGAGCUUGUGCGAAGGCAUCGUCGGUGCUACCAGCAUCCAGACAUCGGCGCUUGAGAUGAUCGCAGAGAAGCUGAAGAUAGACAAUCUGAUGACUGCCUACGGACUUACAGAAACCGCCGGCCCUGUGGCCUUCGGCUACCGGGACAAGAGAGGGUACCACCCGGCGCCGCACACCGAAAUCCGCAUCGUGGAUGCCGCUGGGUCAGUGCUUCCCGUGGGUGAGGUCGGCGAGGUCCAAGUGAGAGCUCCAAGCGUCUUCGCGGGAUACUGGAAGCACAGCGUGACCGGAGUCUAUGACGACGGCUGGCUGCCCACGGGGGAUCAGGGAGCGGUGACAGACCAGGGAACAUUCGAGUUAAAAGGCCGCAUCAAAGACCUGGUCAUCAAGGGAGGUGUCAACAUCAGCCCCGAAGAAGUGGAAACUGCUCUUCUAGGCCACGAUGCCAUUUUAGAAGCCAGCGUCGUUGGAGUGCCCGACGCCCGUCUGGGCGAAGAGGUGUGCGCUUGGGUGAAGCUCAGGGAGGGCGCUACGGCCAACAUUGAAGAACUGCAGCGGCACUGCAGGACCAAGGUGAACAGCCUCAAGGUCCCCAGGUACGUGGUGAUCGUGGACGAGUUUCCUCGAACAAGCGUGGGCAAGGUGUCCAAGCCCGACAUUCGGAAAGCAAUGGCUGACAAGCUGAAUGGAACCCAGAAAGCAGUGUCGGAGGCCGCUUAAGUUUUGGGCCAAGGUUUUUAUCAUAUGAUUGUGUUUACUAAUUGUACCAUAACCCAGAAUAGAGAAAAGUAGUAUAAAAAUCCACUGACACAAAUUUUUUUUUUUUUUU